GAGCCGUUGCCGAGCGCUGACGGGAGCGGCCGCCGAGCCCCAGCCGACCGGUGGCUCGCGCCCCCCGGGGUCGAGCGCGCAGGCGCAGACCGCACUAACUGCCGGUUGGGGGCGGCGAACCGCAGUGGAGACUAGGCGGCGGGCCGGGCGGAGGCGGCGCGGCGCAGGCAGGCGGCUCCACCUCCGCAGUUCCGACGCCCUGCCCUAGAUUUUUUUUUUUUUCCCUGACGGAGAGUGGGUCCUCUCCUUUGCUUCUCGCAGGAGUCACAGUGCCCGCAGUGGCGGCCCGCAGCAGGACGCGGUCCCCCCUGCCCGACGCUUAGGCGCGAUGUCGGUGGUGGGCAUUGACCUCGGCUUCCUCAACUGCUACAUCGCCGUGGCGAGGAGCGGCGGCAUCGAGACCAUCGCCAACGAGUACAGCGACAGGUGCACGCCAGCCUGUAUAUCUUUGGGAUCCAGAACCCGAGCCAUUGGAAAUGCAGCUAAGAGCCAGAUAGUCACAAAUGUAAGAAAUACAAUUCAUGGCUUCAAAAAGCUUCAUGGACGAUCAUUUGAUGACCCCAUUGUGCAAACAGAGAGAAUCAGGCUUCCCUAUGAGUUGCAGAAGAUGCCUAAUGGAAGUGCAGGUGUCAAGGUGCGGUACCUGGAGGAAGAGAGGCCCUUUGCGAUUGAGCAAGUCACUGGGAUGUUGCUGGCUAAGCUUAAAGAAACCUCAGAAAAUGCCCUGAAGAAGCCAGUGGCUGAUUGUGUGAUCUCGAUCCCAAGCUUUUUCACUGAUGCAGAAAGAAGAUCUGUGAUGGCCGCAGCCCAGGUUGCAGGCCUAAACUGUCUGAGGCUGAUGAAUGAAACCACUGCAGUUGCACUGGCAUAUGGAAUUUAUAAACAGGAUCUCCCCUCAUUAGAUGAGAAACCAAGGAAUGUUGUGUUUAUCGACAUGGGACAUUCAGCCUAUCAGGUCUCUGUUUGUGCUUUUAACAAAGGAAAACUUAAAGUAUUGGCUACUACCUUUGACCCAUAUUUGGGUGGCAGGAACUUUGAUGAGGCUUUAGUAGACUACUUCUGUGAUGAAUUCAAGGCUAAAUAUAAGAUAAAUGUCAAGGAGAACUCUCGGGCCUUGUUGCGGCUGUAUCAAGAAUGUGAGAAAUUGAAGAAACUGAUGAGUGCAAAUGCAUCAGAUCUUCCCCUGAAUAUCGAGUGUUUCAUGAAUGACCUUGAUGUUUCUAGUAAGAUGAACAGGGCUCAAUUUGAACAACUGUGUGCUUCCCUUUUGGCCAGGGUUGAACCACCUUUAAAAGCAGUGAUGGACCAAGCUAACUUACAACGUGAAGACAUAAACAGCAUAGAAAUUGUAGGAGGGGCCACUCGGAUUCCUGCAGUCAAGGAGCAGGUCACUAGGUUCUUUCUGAAAGACAUCAGUACCACCCUAAAUGCUGAUGAAGCCGUCGCCAGAGGAUGUGCAUUGCAGUGUGCGAUUCUCUCACCAGCAUUUAAAGUGCGUGAAUUUUCCAUAACAGACCUUGUUCCCUACUCAAUCACAUUACGAUGGAAGACUUCUUUUGAAGAAGGGACUGGGGAAUGUGAAGUCUUCUCUAAGAACCACCCGGCCCCAUUCUCAAAGGUCAUAACUUUCCACAAGAAGGAACCAUUUGAACUAGAAGCAUUUUAUACUAAUUUGCAUGAAGUGCCUUAUCCAGAUCCAAGAAUUGGGAACUUCACUAUUCAGAACGUUUUCCCACAGUCUGACGGUGAUAGUUCUAAGGUAAAAGUAAAAGUUCGUAUUAACAUCCAUGGGAUCUUCAGUGUGGCGAGUGCAUCCGUGAUAGAGAAGCAGAAUCUGGAAGGUGAUCACAAUGAUGCCCCUAUGGAAACAGAAACUUCUUCUAAGAAUGAAAGCAAAGAGGAAGCGGACAAAAUGCAGAUUGACCAAGAAGAAGGAGGGCACCAAAAAUCUCAUGCUGAGCACACCCCAGAGGAGGAGAUUGACCACACUGGGGCCAAAACAAAGUCACCUCCUUCAGACAAGCAAGACCGCAUAAAUCAAGCUAUUAAAAAAGGGAAAGUCAAGAGUAUUGAUCUACCUAUCCAAAGUAGCCUGUACAGACAACUGACCCAAGAUCUUCUCAAUAGCUACAUUGAAAAUGAGGGGAAGAUGAUAAUGCAGGAUAAAUUAGAGAAAGAAAGAAAUGAUGCGAAAAAUGCUGUUGAAGAAUACGUGUAUGAUUUCAGAGACAAAUUGGGCACUGUCUAUGAAAAGUUCAUCACUCCAGAAGACAUGAAUAAACUGUCUGCAAUGCUAGAAGACACAGAAAAUUGGCUCUAUGAAGAAGGAGAGGAUCAACCUAAACAAGUUUAUGUGGAUAAGCUUCAGGAGCUAAAGAAAUAUGGCCAUCCUAUUCAAAUGAAAUACGUAGAACAUGAAGAGAGACCAAAAGCUUUAAACGACCUGGGGAAAAAGAUUCAGCUUGUCCUGAAAGUGAUAGAAGCACACAGAAGCAAGGAUGAAAGAUACGAUCAUCUGGAUCCUGCUGAAAUGGAAAAAGUUGAAAAGUACAUCAGUGACUCCAUGAAUUGGCUGAACAGUAAGAUGAAUGCACAGAACAAAUUAAGUCUUACUCAAGAGCCUGUGGUAAAAGUAGCAGAAAUAGUUGCAAAGUCAAAGGAACUGGAUAAUUUCUGUAACCCCAUCGUUUACAAGACCAAACCAAAAGUAGAAGUUCCUGAAGACAAAGCAAAAGCUAACAAUGAACACAAUGGACCAAUGGAUGGACAGAAUGGUACAGAGACCAACCCAGAUCCAGCAAAAGGCAGCUCGCAGCACACUGACUCUGGAGAGAUGGAAGUGGACUAAGUUUCUUGUAAUUCAAACAGUGGGAUAACUACAGGGUCCAUUCAUCCUUUACACCUGGUACACACAACAUAUGUUGUUCUUAACUACUUUUGUCAUUUGUUUUUUGGAGUAGUUUUGAAAAGUGUCUAUAUCGAGUGCACUAUUAAUGUCCAUUGCUGCUGUGAAGCUUUAGCUGAAUAGAUAUGUACGAAUCAGUUUGAGCUCUCUUCACAUACUUUGUGUCAGUAUGCAGGACUGCUAUGUACCAGCCAUCCACCUUAGUCACAGCUUCUACUUGCAAAACUCUCAGUUCCUCUGUGCAGGAAGGGAUAACCGUGUUGCUCCUAUGUUGCAGAGGUAGGGGGUUGACUGCAUUGUUACUGUGAAAACAAACUGAAGUUGAUGUGGUUUAGAACCAACAGCACUGACACUUUCCUAGUUUCCCUAUUGUUAUCAUUUAAAUAUUAAAACAAAUGGGAGGUUCUGACAUACUAGUCCAUCUCACUGAUGCGCCACAAGGACUCCAGUCUUGUCAUCACAUAAAUGAUACUCAGAAAGAGACAGUGCAGUUUGACAUUCAGAUAACACCAGCAUUUGCUGCUUUUGUUAGUAGCAUGGAUUGUUUUCACAGAGUAACUUUUCACUUGAAACUGUUGAUUUCCUUGUCCUAAAGACCAGCUGCUGCUACACUAAUGCUAAGCCUAUACCGUCAUGUUAUGGGAAAGCACUGUUGGCCUGUUCAGAUGUGCAUCUGUGAUGCUGACAGCCUUGGUUCAGUUUUUAUAGUUGUGUUGGUUUUCUUAAUUGAUUUUUGUUAAUAAUACCUUAAUCUGGGGUAGGGAGAAAUUGCACAAUGCAUUGCAUUAUAUAUACCUAUCACUGAUUUAAUGUUCCAAUGUAGAUAGACACUAUUAAAUAAGCAGUACUUCCUAUAAAGGAGUGCCUGUACCAUAAGUCUUAGGAAAUAAUGCUUGUAAUAAACUCAACUGUGUUACAUCAGUAGGUAAAAUACACAAUGUUACAUAGUGUAAUAUGGUAUGACGUGAUUAAAUUAUAGUUCCUGCUGUUAAAUUGCCUUUUGAAAACUUGGCUCCAGGUUUGGUGCUUCUUCAUGGGAAAGGCACAGUGCAUUUCAGCCAUAGUAAGGACCUGGUUUGUGGUUUAUCACCACACUUGUUCACACCAUUCAGUUAAUGUCCUGAGGCGUGGAACGGUUUAUUUAACCAUGGGGAAAGCUGGAGUGAUAUUUCAGUCUUCAGGGGAAAGAAGCAAGACAAAUGCAUGGGCCCUUGUGUUCCUAAUGCUAGUUCACUGAAGACUGACUUCAGUUACAAUCUUCAAAGGCUGUUUUCCCAAAGCUAAAUCUUUAUAUUAAACACAAUACUGAACUUUUCUUAAGUAGCUAAAGACUGAGAGUGUGCUAUCUUCAGGGGUAGUCAUUUCUCAAAUGAGUUCUCUAAUAGAGAUUUUGUUCCUACAAUGUAGUCUGCACUGAAAGAGUAUAGGAGAAUGAGGUGGUCAUUUUGCAAGAAUUUUUAUUCAGCUUUUGGGGGGAAAAUAUUCAUCAUUUUUAUUAAGAAAACCAUAUAGUCCCGACAUAUUUUUAAUGUCUAUAUCUUUUAUUACAAUGAAACAAUUAGAUCCAAUAAAUGAAGAAAUACAUUUUAAGUAGCUAUCAGUUACUUUUCAUUUGUAUGUAUAUAUAUACAUAGGUCCAUUUCAGAAAAAAAAAAUCAUGGUUGUAAGGGGAAUAUGUGACCACGCAGGGAUUGUACAGCUGCUUCUUAUUUAUCACUUACACUCACUUAGUAAGGAGCUGUGCCUAAAGACUUGUUGGAAGUGGAAGAAAAAUAUCUUUCUGCACCUGACUGUCCAGCAGAGCCUCAUUUUCCAUCCUGCUCUGAAGUCACUUUCAAGUAGUUUAGAGUUUUAGUAAGAUAAAACAUUUUUGCAAUUUAAUAUCAUUUAAUAAGUUAAGUACAUUCAAACAUAAUCUAUAUACUUUACCAAUUUUAUGCUAUUGUUAAAAAAAAACAAAACCAAGUUACUAUGGUUUAAUUCUGAAAGUACCAAUUAUCUUCCUUUAAGAAACCAACUUACAAUAGCCAGUGAUGACAUAAGCCUCAGCACUCAGGAGGCAGAGGAAAGGCAGGCAGAUCUCUGAAUUCAAGGCAGCCUCAUCUACAGAGUAAGUUCCAGGACAGCUGGGGCUACACAGAAAAACCCUGUCUCAAGCCUUCUGCACCCCUCUGGCAAAAAAAAAAAAAAAAAGAA